AUGUUAGAGAAAGAACACCCACAUUUGUAUUGGACCCCAUGUGCUGCUCAUUGCUUAGACUUAAUGUUGGAAGACAUUGGGAAAAUACCAUCCAUCUCUAGAACAAUGCAGAGGGCAGUGGAGUUGAAUAGUUAUAUUUAUACGCGUCCAAAGUUGUUGAACAUUAUGAGGAACUUUACUCACAAAAAGGAGUUGCUUAGGCCUGCUAAGACUCGAUUUGCUACAUGUUUCAUCACAUUAUCAAGUAUUCACAAGCAAAAUAAUAACUUGAUAAAGAUGUUUACUUCAGAAGAAUGGAAUCGUAGUAAAUGGGCGAAAGAGGAAGCCGGUAAAAGAGUUGCUUCUUAUGUUUUGAUGCCUUCCUUUUGGAACAACAUUGUCUUUAGCCUUAAGGUUUCCGGUCCUCUUAUUCCGGUUUUGAGAUUAGUUGAUGGCGAGAGAAAGCCUCCUAUGGGAUACAUUUUUGCGGCUAUGGAUAUGGCUAAAGAAGCCAUUGCAAAAUCAUUUGGGGGAGUAGAAGAUAAAUACUCAGAUAUUUUUGAAAUAAUUGAUAAGAGAUGGAAUGUUCAACUUCAUCGCCCUUUGCAUGCAGCAGGUUAUUAUUUGAACCCAGAAUACUUUUAUUCAAAUCCGAAAAUUGAAGAAGAUGAAGAGAUUGCAAAGGGUUUGUAUGCAUGCAUUGCAAGGUUAGUCCCGGAUGUCAAAGACCAAGACAAAAUUACUGAGGAGCUAUCCUUAUAUUCUAAAGCUGAGGGCCUCUUUGGUAAUCCCUUUGCUAUUAGACAGAGAAGUACACAAGGACCAGCUAAUUGGUGGGAAGCUUAUGGCAAGUCAACAAAACUUUUCCAAAAGUUUGCUAUAAAGCUUCAUAACAAGAAAAGAAAUAGACUCGCUCAAACAACUUUGAAUGAUUUAGUGUUCAUCAAAUAUAAUAGAGCAUUGAGGCAUCGAUAUAAUAUGCGUGACACUCUUGAUCCCAUUUUACUCGAUGACAUUGAUGAGAGCAACGAGUGGUUGACGGGGAGGAUGGAUGAUUCUGAUGCAGAACAUGAUCUAGUCUAUGAAGAUGAUUCCUUGACAUGGGGUGAUGUUGCUAAUUUUGCUGGUAUUGGAGAGGCAAGCAAGCCGCAACGGUCUACUAGAUCAAAAUCUAGUUCUAGUUCACGGUUACCAACAAAGGGAGCAGAAAGUUCUUCAGUUCGACUUGUGGAUGAGGAUGAGAAUGAUUCAGAUGAGAUAGAAGAGGAUCCUGAGAAUUAUGAAUCAUUUAGUGACGAUCAAAAUGAUGUUAUGCUUAUUGAUGACGAGGCUGAUAUUUAG